AUGGCACACUACCCCGAGAAUGUUGGCAUCAAAGCCAUGGAAAUCUACGUCCCGGCACAAUGCCUGGAUCAAACCCUGUUUGAGAAACACCAAGGUGUCUCAGCCGGCAAGUACACCAUUGGACUCGGCCUCCAGUACAUGAACUUCUGCACCGAUAGAGAAGAUGUCUGCACUCUAGCUCUAACAGCCGUUUCCUCCCUCCUCCGCAAAUACAACAUCGAUCCCAACUCCAUCGGCCGUCUCGAAGUAGGCACCGAAUCUCUCAUCGACAAAGCCAAAUCCAUCAAAUCGGUCCUCACAACCCUCUUCGAACCCUCCGGCAACACAAGCAUCGAGGGCAUUGACACCAUUCACGCCUGCUACGGCGGGACCAACGCCCUCUUCAACGCUGUGAACUGGGUUGAGUCUCGUUCCUGGGACGGCCGAGAUGCCAUCGUCGUGGCCUCGGACAUUGCCCUCUACAACGAACCCUCCACCCGUCCCACCGGCGGCGCAGGCUGCGUCGCCAUGCUCAUCGGCCCCAACGCAGCGCUCUCCCUCGACCCCAGUCUCCGCGGCGUCUACAUGUCACACACCUACGACUUCUACAAACCCGACCUCAAGGCCGAAUUUCCCCUCGUCAACGGCCACGAAUCCAUCACCUGCUACCUCCGCGCUAUCGACGAAUGCCACAAGGACCUACUCCGUCGCAGAUCCAGUAACGAACCCAUCCUCUCCCUCUUCGACUACAUGGCCUUCCACACCCCAAACUGCAAACUCGUCAGCAAAUCCUACGGCCGCCUCAAAUACAACGACAUCCUGACCUCCAAAACACCCUGCGCCGAAAUUCCACAAGACCUCCUAACCCUUCCCUACGAAUCCUCCCUCAAAGACAAACCCCUCGAAAAAGCCCUCAUCUCUUUAACAAAAGACGACUUCAAAUCCCGCGUCGAGCCAUGCAUCCUCGCCCCGUCCCUCUGCGGAAACAUGUACACGGCCAGUCUCUACUGUUCCCUCAUCAGUCUAAUCAGUAAUAUCGACCUCACGUCCGCAAAGGAAAAAACUAUCGGCAUGUUCAGCUACGGCAGUGGCCUCUCCAGCACGCUCUUCGCUCUAAAAGUCACCGGGGAUCUAGCACCCAUGGUACAGAAAAUCAAUCUCAUGGCGCGCUUGAAAGAGAGAAUUAUUGCUACGCCGGAAGAAUAUGAAGCGGCCUGCGCCCUCCGAAUCAAAGCCUACGGAAGUAAGAACUAUAUCCCCGUUGGGGAUGUAGAGUCUCUUGCGCCAAGGACUUAUUAUCUAGAGGGGAUUGAUGAGGUGUUUCGGAGGAGGUAUGUUGUGAAGGGCUAAGAGUACUCUUUCAUUGUUGAUGUUGGGGUUGAUGCUGGGUUUGGGGUUGAAGCUGGUGGAUUCUACUUGGUCUAGGCUGGGGUUCCCCAUGGGCUGAAGGUCAAUUUAACUAUGAACCAAGAAGGGCAUAUCGAGAGCAUAAUAGUGAUCAGAAUAGAGAAAGUCGGCUUUAUACAACUGUGUGGGACUUUAUAAGGUUAUCCGAGAUCUUGCUCGGAUUUUUGUUCUGGGUCUUCACUUACGAGAUUCUUUACGUGAAACUUACGAAGAGCAUCAUUAUAGACCCGAAG